CAAGGUAUUUGCAUGGAAGCAACUCUACUGACACUUUUUAUCCCAGAACCGAAGUUUGGCUUGAAGAGAGGAAGGGGAUGGAGGAGCUAAAUCCUGCAAGUCUGCAGCUGGAACAAAGAACUCCAAGAGAAGGAGGGACAGCUGGAAGCAGGGUUCAGGCCAAAUAUGUGGUUGAGGGGACAAUGUGGAAAGCGCCGGUAGAAGGCAACAUGCUUCCAGGUCACAGAGUUCAGCAACACUGGGAAGUCCAAUGGCAGGAGUUCCUGAAGACCCUCCAGUCGCCUUCCUGGGCAUGUGAAAGCCUUCCGUCGGCAGAAGAAAUGCCGUGGGAUGAGGCCAAGGCCUUCCUGGCCUCCUUCGAGCAAGUGGCCAAAGCCUGUCGGUGGCCAAAGGAAGACUGGGCGGCCCGGCUGUUGCCUGCAUUGAGCGGAGAAGCAGAGCAGGCUUUUCUGAGCCUGGAAGCCGGGGACAGGGAGGAUUAUGGUAAAGUGAGGGUGGCCAUCUUGAGAGCGGAGGCCCUGAGAGCGGAGCUGCAGCGCCAGCAUUUCCGGCAGUUCUGCUGCCAAGAGGUCGAGGAUCCGCGAAGGGUUUACAGCCAAGUCCAGGAGCUUUGCAGUCGGUGGCUGAAGCCGGAGAGACGCAGCAAGGAGCAGAUCCUGGAGCUGCUGGUCCUGGAGCAAUUCCUGGCCAGUCUUCCCCAAGACCUGCAAGGAUGGAUCCGAGGCGGAGGGCCGGAGAGCUGUUCCCAGGCUGUGGCCCUGGCAGAGGACUUCCUCCUCAAGAGACAGCAAGAGGCCGAUUCCGCCAGGUGCCAGAGAACGUCGCAGGAUGUGUGUGUCAGUUCCCUGGAGGCAGAAAGGAAGACACUAGAUGCUGCUCGGGGACAGAUCUAUGAAGAAGCCAAGCCAGUGCAGGAUGCCGUGAUCCCUUUGCUAGGUGGUGGAAUCAAAGGCCUAAGUCCUUCCAUUUCAGUGUUUCCUCUUGAAGGACAAGUUGAGACAGAAGCUGAGCCGGGUGAGGGAUCGUUGCAGGAUGUGUGUGUUGGUUCCCUGGAGGCAGAAAGGAAGUCACCAGAUUCUGCUCAGGGACAAAUCUAUGAAGAAGCCAAGCCGGUGAAGGAUGUGGAGAUCCCUUUGCUAGGUGUUGGAAUCCAGUGCCCAAGUCCUUCCAUUCCAGUGUUUCCUCCUGAAGGACAAGUGAAGACAGAAGCUGGGCUGGGUGAGGGUCUGCUGGACUGCAGAGACACAGGCGUCUCUUUGCACAGGGUUGAGCAGACGCUCUCCCAGCCAGGCCAACAGACCAUCUUCUGGCAAGUCCUGCAGGAGGAGGGCGGAAAUGUACUGCCGUUUGGUGAGGGGACAGCAACUUCUCUCAAGGUGGAGGAGUCUCAGCAUGGAGGGGAUGAGCUAGAGGAGAGGAACGGGGCAGUGCCAUUCGUAAACGAAGGAGAUGGACCGUUGAUGGCGGAGACCUUUGGAGAAAGAAGUGAUGAAAUGGAGUGUUGGAACGGGAUGAAUAUAGCUCAGCAGGUGGAGUCAUUGCCAGCAGAAGCAUCUCAGUGGAGUUUGCCUAUGGCAUCCAACAUUCAUAAGACAGGAUACAAGCUCAGAGGUCAGGAGUUGAAGAAGUUAGUGGAGAGAGAGAGGAAACACACCAAAAGCCUUAUAGGUGCUGAUAACAAGGCCUCCAGAGAAAUGGGGAAAUCCUUGUUCUCCAAGUAUGGGAGAAAACUCCACAAUGUGUCAGAUGUGUUUGUUGGUCUAAACCCAGGAAAGAAAGAUGUUGAAUGUCCUGAAGUUGACGAAAGAAGCAAGAGCAAUGGUCAGUCAUUACAGGGAUACCAAAAUGUUCCUACAGAAAGGAAACUGCAUAAAUGUGCUACUAGUGAGUAUGGCUUCAAAUCUAGAGCACACGUGGCAACCCACCAGCAAAGUCGCAUUGGACAAAAGCCAUACCAAUGUUCUCAGUGCCAGAAAUGCUUUCGCCGGAAAGAUAAUCUGCUGAAUCACCAGAUAAGCCAUACUGGGGUGAAACCCUAUAAAUGCUCUCAGUGUAGCAAGUGUUUCACUCGGAAAUAUGGCUUGAAGGAGCAUCAAAAAACUCAUACUGGAGAGAGUACUUAUGAAUGUUCACAGUGUGGCAGGUGUUUCGUUCAUAGGUCUAACUUGAAGAAUCAUCAAAGAAUUCAUACUGGAGAGAAACCCUAUAAAUGCUCUCAGUGUGGCAAGUGUUUCACUGUGAGAUCUAGCUUGAAGGGCCAUCAAAGAAUUCACACUGGAGAGAAACCCUAUGAAUGCUCUCAGUGUGGCAAGAGUUUCACUCUGAGAUCUACCUUGAAGGACCAUCAAAGAAUUCAUACUGGAGAGAAACCUUAUGAAUGUUCUCAAUGUGACAAGUGUUUUGUUCAUAGAAUCAGCUUGAAGUACCAUCAGACAAUUCAUACUGGAGAGAAACCUUAUGAAUGUUCUCAAUGUGGCAAGUGUUUCAAUCAUAGAGUCAAAUUAAAGAGGCAUCAAAGAAUUCAUACUGAAGAGAAACCCUAUGAAUGUUCACAGUGUGGGAAAUGCUUCCGACAGCGCUCACAUUUGAGUGUCCACCGCAGAAUCCAUACUAGAAAGAAACUCUAUUGUGCCCCGAAUGUGGAAGAGGCUCCUUUUAGUGACAUCUGUUGAAUAGACACCAGGGAACUCAUAGAUCCUUCAUAUGGUCUCUGUCUUCUGUGAGUGAGAAGAACUGUGGGCUCAAAGGUACAAUGAAGAAACAUUAAUAUUUUUGAAGGGUGCUGAGAUAAUGUGUACUCAAUAGUCUGUAGGCCACUGUAGGAUGGAGGAAACUGGGGGCCCUCCUUCCUUAAAUUGCUCACCCAGCUGCAGGUUCAAGUGAAAGACCAGAUUUCUCCUGAGAAAUAAUUUUAUAAGUCAGGAUGGACAGUUUUAAAAUAUAGAUAGGUGGGUGUUACACAAGUGUUUCCAAUGUUUUGCUUUUUAGUAUUCAGUUUUUCAAAACAAUAAUAAAUGUACAGUUGUCUGUCCACUUUUGUUGGUUAGGGGCACACGGCCCCCAUGAAAGUUGAAAACAGAAGGCAAAAAUGUAAAAGAAGAAACAAGAGGAAAUGAACUUGAUUAUAGAGGAAAUUAAGAGGUGAGAAGAAGAACAAAUGUUAUAUGUAGAGACAAUAAUAAAGGUUUGACAAAGUAAUUAUAAUGAUAUUUGGUCGUAUUCAUUUUAUGUAACUGUAAUCCAGUGAGGAACAUAUCCUCUGUAGAAAUGGAGCGCCUUAUUGUAAAUAAAGAGCAGUUGCCAGAAAAUAUUUGCUUCAUUCCUAAAAAGAUGUGUCUGUGGUUGAUCUUGGCAUUCAAUGUAUCAUAAUGACCAUUUUAUGCCACCUUUGUGGUUUUGCUGACAAAACUGGACAUUUGAAAUAUGCCUUGCCUUGCCAAAAUAAGUUUUCAUUUCUAAGUAUCAAGGUUCAAAUUCUUUCAUACCUCCCUCACCUGAUGUCUGAGCAAUCCCGUUUCUUCUCCAGAAAAAGAAAUAAUGUGCUAGGCAUUAUCCAAAGUAGAAAAACAGUUAAAUCAGUCUCUGCUUAUUUACAGCUCCUUAUCCAUGCCUUGGAUGUCAUAGAUCCCUCUCUACUGCUUCGGUCAGACAUCACCUGGAUAACCCUGUGUCCAAUUCUGGGCCUCACAAUUCAAGAAGGGUAUUGACAAUAUCCAGAAAAGAAUGAUUAAAACAAUCAAAUGUUUGGAAGCCACAAAUCCCUGUGAGGAAUAGCGCAGGAAUUUGGAUGUGUUUAGUGGAGUGAAGGUUAAGAGGGGACAUUCUAGUUACGUUUAUAUAUUUGAAAGGAUGUCACAUUGAGGAAGGAUCAGGCUUGUUUGCUGCUACUCUAGAAACUAGAUGCAGUUGAUUCAAACUGCAGGAACAGAGAUUCUUCCUAAACAUUAGAAAAAACACUCUGAUGAUCUGAGCUAUUUACGUGGGAUCCUGAUGAAGUCUUAUUCACCAAAGAUAUUUAAAGAGACUUGUUGGCUGAAAUUUUAAAGAUUUGGUUGGCAUAGCAAUCUUUGGUAUGACAAAAUGAACGCAUACACUGUAUGGACAGAUGGGUGGCCAGUGUCAGGAGUGCUUUGAUUGGGUAGUCUUAAAUGUCAGAGAAUUGGAUGGGAUGGCCCUGGUGGUCUCUUCCAACUUUAUGAGUCUAUGAAUAGCAGCAGUUGAAUAAUUUAUACCUAUUUAUACGUGGGCUUGAUUUGUGUAAUGUACACUAAACCCAUACAAAGAGAGAAUGAAGGUUCUGAGGGGGACGUGGGUUUAAAAAGAGAAUUUUCAAAGAUACUUCCAAUGACUAUAAGUCUCAUAUGUUUUAAUUGACCUAAGUUGCAAAAGGCCUAUGUUUGAGGCCUGCGCUUGAGAGAAAAUGCUGAUGUUUGGGAAAAGAGUUGUUCCAGAGAAAAGAAGUCACUUUCAAUAAUAACAAUACAUCAAGUCAGAACCGGUUACCCACUACUCCCUAGGAUUCCCAUACGGUUUUGAACCUAUACUUGCAACAAGAGGAAGAUAAGCAGGUAUUGAGAUCAGAGUCAAUAACAUGAAAAGCACCAUUGUCGAAAGAGUCACAUGUUGUUACAGCAUAGAAAACCAAUGGAAUUGCAGGAUGGUUAAGAUGCUUGUGAUGCAGCUAACAUUAGACGAAUGGGGUAAAUGAUCUUUGUAAGCCAAUAAGGAUAGGCUUACUAUUUUCUGUAGAAGUGAUAAAAACCCUUGCAACCAUUUUGAAAAGUAUGACAAAUCCUUUUAUUGAUUGCAUUGAUGUAUGCAUGUUUUUGUCGUCAUUGCUAAGCUCGCAAUAAAUAGCUCUUUUGCAGUUUGAAGAUCCAACUUUCGUGGUGUCCUUCCUCGCCCUCUCCACAGAAAAGGG